CAUCCUCCUUCCUCAAGAGCUCAAAAGAAAGUACAGCUCCUUCCCUUGCCUCUCUCUCUCUCUCUCUCUCUCUGCAAAUUAAGAACUUAAAUGUCUCAACUGGACAUAAGAUCUCCCAAGCACUGCGCCAAGAAGGAAGCUUAUCUGAACAUCGACCGCAAGCACUACAAGAAGCUUUUCUACGCCUUCUCCACCUUGCUCAUCUCCAUCCUCUCCCUCAUCCUCCUGGUCUGGCUCAUCCUCCACCCCACCAAGCCCCUCUUCUCCCUCAAACAGGCAGACGUCUACCAGCUCAACCUCUCCGAUCGCCUCCUCCUCAACUCCUCCAUUCAAGUUACCCUCGUCUCCACCAACCCAAACCGGAAAGUUGGCAUUUACUACGACGACCUCCAAGCCUACGCCUCCUACAAGGGUCAGCAGAUCACCCUGCACGCCUCCCUCCCACCCUUCUACCAGGGCCACCAGGACACCAACCUCCUCACCGCAUCCCUCGCAGGCACUGCCGUCCCCGUCGCCCCCUCCUUCGGCUACGAAGUGGGUCGUGACAAGACCGCCGGAAGAAUGGUCCUCAGCUUGAAGCUGAACGGGAGGAUCCGGUGGAAGGUGGGGACUUGGGUCUCCGGCCGAUACCAUCUCGACGUGAACUGUAUUGCGGUCAUGGCUUUUGGACCCUCCAUCCCCUCCGGUCCGCUCAGCACAAAGCAAGGGACUCAGUGUUCUACUGAUGUCUAACAUACAUACAUACAUACAUAUACAUAUAUAUAUAUAUAUAUAUAUAUAUAUGUGUGGAUGUUGAGAUAUGUUGAUGGAGCUGGGUUUGAAUAAUUUUGGUUGGUUUGGUUGCUGUUGCUUUGAUUUUUGUUCUGUUAAUGUGCUUGGGAGGGAGGAGUCUAUGGAUGUAUAGUUAAGUUUAAAAAAUGCGUGGUUGAUAAGACUGAAAGUUAUUGAUAUAAGUGAAGAAGAAAAGGUAUAUUUGGGAUUGCA